AUGGCUCUGGCAAAGAAAAAAGGAUCAAACGUGACUAUCAUUAACGAAUACACUUUAUGUGAAGCAUUGGGAUACGAUGAUGCUAAGGAAUUAUUAGACAAUCAUUUCAAAACCUGGAUUACCGAAGAAGACUUCAAGAAGAUUAGUGAAGAAGGGUUCAACUAUGUUAAGAUUCCCAUUGGAUACUGGGCGUGGAAGAUUGACAAUACAACUAAUUUGUAUCCAGGCAAUCAGACUUUCAACGACCCUUAUGUGAAUAUCAAUCAAAAAGAAUACCUUAACAAGGCUUUAGGCUGGGCAUUAAAAUAUGAUUUGAAAGUGUUUGUGAAUGUAUAUGCAGUUCAAAAUUCAACAAAUUACUUUGAUUUAGAUUUAGAGAAUUCUUUAUGGGAAAAUCAAAAUGGAAUUAGAGUAAUUUCUUCAAUUCUAAAAGAUUAUUUUGAUUAUAUGUUAAACAUAGAUUAUCCAUCUUCUUUGGCCAGUUUGGAAGUUACAUUUUCCCCGAUGUUAGCUGUAUGGCCAGCUGAAUCCUAUCAGAUUAACUUUUAUACCGACCUUUUUGACUACUACCAAACCACAAAGGACAGUAUUAGUAACCCAAAUCCAAAUAUUACCUUUACUAUUCAGUAUAGUGGCCCAGUCUAUAACAUGACAUACCAUGACUUGGAUCUCGACUUUUAUAAUAGUUCCAGUCCUUAUUACAAGGGAAUCGAAUAUAAAUCAGAUUCGCAAAUAGCUGAAUGGGAUCAAGUAUUUCUUCAAUAUCGUUUUGCAGAAUCCCAUGAUUUUGACAUUGAUCAAUCCAUUGAAAAUAUUGCACAUAAUUUUAACUAUAAGAAAAAUAUCACCGGUGAGCCAGCAUUUCCUAUUACGUUUGUGGGUUCCUGGAGUAGUACAUUGACUGAUUGCACACCUUGGAUACAUGGUAUUGGUUAUGGAUCAUGGUACGAUGACACAUACGAUGAAGAUACAAAUUAUGAAGUCAAAAAUGAAUACGAUGAUAUUGACUAUGAAAACUAUGAAAACUAUACCUGUGUUUCUCAAAAUCAAAUUGAGGAAUGGCCUGAAGAAUACAAAAUUCAAGUAAGAAAGUUUAUUGAAACUCAAUUAUCGCAUUACAGUACUUAUACUAAGGGAUGGUUCUUCUGGAACUGGAAAACUGAAAGUGCAUCUGAAUGGGAUUACCAAAAAUUGAGGGACCACGAUUUGUUUCCACAUCCAUUUGACAAUUUUACGUAUUAUGAAGCGAAUGGUGAAUUGAAGUUGGCUGAUUCCGAUAAUGAAAGUUCUAUAUCCUCUGUUGAAACGUCGUUAGGUACCUCUUCGAGCAGUCGUAUUAGUACCGUAAGUUUAGAUAUGGCCCCAACUUCCAAAUCAUCAAGCAAGAGUGAGAGUUCAAGUGUUUCCAUGCGUGGUGGUAAAACUAGCUCAACCAGCUCGACUCAUGUCAGUCAAAGCAGCUACACCAGUUCAACUCAUCCCAACAGCACAAGUGCUUCGCACAAAAACGGGUCGUAUACCAUUAAGAGUCCUAGUAUUUUUGCUUCAAUAUUUUCUUGGAGUUUAAUGAUGAUAUGUUUUACUUGCGGUAUUAUGUUGUUUGUCUAA